CUUCCCUCUCUGAGGAUGUCUUGUGUACUUCUUCUGUCGUAUUCAUGGGCUUUGGAUUUUUCACGACAGUAAUUAGAGCUAAAAUUGGUAAAUCCUCUGUAUAGUACAGGGGUUCUCAAACAGGAGAUCAGGACCCCUCAGGGGGCACGACGAGGUUAUUACACGGAGAGUCACAAGCUGCAGCCACCACCCCAAACCCUGCUUUUUCUCUGGCAUUUAUAAUGAUGUUAAAUAUAUAAAAAUGUGUUUUUAAUUUGUAAGGGGGUCGCACUCAGAGGUUUGCUAUGUGAAAGGAGUCACCAGUAUGAAAGUUUGAGAACCACUGGUAUAGUAUAUCUCUCACUUUCUCAAUCUCCAUAGCAUAAACGAAUUUUUCGACGUAUCUGAGCAUAUUCUGUAUUGUAUUUCUAGGAGAUUCAGUUAGCUGAGAGUCAAGUACCCAUUUCUGUGUUAGUCAUGCAUUGCGGAAAUGUAACAAAAAGAUAUUUGUAGGUGUAUUGCUUUCUGUUGCAGAAUGUUAAGUAUAAGACACAUACGAAGGAUAUGUUUAAAUUAGACGUAAUUUAAUCCAUAAACUGCUUCCCACAAACUGAGGACAGCAGGACACUAACUUCUCACCAGGACAUAGCCCCAGACCUUGGCGGUGGAAUCACCCUCCCCCCUUUCCCCAUCCUCCUUGUGAAGUUAGUGUAAAUUCUAUUAACUUUUUUGUUAAUUAACUUUGAACAGUUAUCCAUUGCUGUAUGCUAUGAGAAUUGGGAAUAAGUAGUAAGAGUUCUGUUUAAAAAUUUGUUUUCUUUUUCCAGAUUUUAAAUAGUAUUGAAACUCGUAAAUGAUUAGUGACGCCAUAGAAACCACACAAUGUCAACAAAAAGAUCCAGUAGAUUUGUUUCAUUCCGGGCACUUUGUAAAAAUAUGUGCCCCUAUGGUCCGAUAUUCAAAGUUGGCUUUCAGAACUUUGGUCAGGAAAUACAGCUGUGAUUUGUGUUAUACACCAAUGAUAAUUGCUGCAGAUUUUGUCAAAUCUGUGAAAGCUAGAGACAGUGAAUUCACAACAAGCAAAGGUGAUCGCCCACUGAUUGUUCAGUUUGCUGCUAAUGAAGCACAGGUUUUAUCUGAUGCUGCCCGUAUCGUCUGUCCUUUUGCAGAUGGAAUAGAUCUAAAUUGCGGCUGUCCUCAGAGAUGGGCAAUGGCAGAAGGUUAUGGUGCUUGUUUAAUAAAUAAACCAGAGCUGGUUCAAGAUAUGGUGAGACACGUAAGAAAUCAAGUAGAGAACCCCAGAUUUUCAGUAUCUAUUAAGAUAAGAAUCCAUGAUGACCUAAAGAGAACUGUAGAUCUCUGCCGAAAAGCUGAAGCAACUGGAGUUUCCUGGAUUACAGUUCAUGGGAGAAAUGUAGAAGAACGACAUCAGCCAGUACACUAUGAUGCAAUUAAAAUAAUUAAACAAAAUAUGUCUAUACCUAUUGUAGCUAAUGGAGAUGUUAAAACUUUAAAAGAUGCCGAGAAUAUUCAUCAUAUGACAGGGACAGAUGGUGUAAUGGUUGCUAGGGGGCUCUUAGCCAAUCCAGCCAUGUUUGCAGGAUAUGAAGAGACACCUUUGAAGUGCAUCCAGGACUGGGUUGACAUUGCUCUUGAACAUGGGACUCCUUUUACGUGCUUUCAUCAUCAUUUAAUGUACAUGAUGGAACGGAUAACUUCAAAACAGGAAAAAAGGGUUUUUAAUGUUUUAUCAAGCACCUCAGCGGUUCUGGACUACCUUAAUGACCACUAUGGGGUGUAAUAGCUUUUAAAGUAUUUUAAUCAUGUGAAUAUUGCAUUUUAUAUUUUAGAGUUGCGGGUACUUUGUUAUAGUGGUAGGUUUCCCCACACUUAUAUUUAUUAGUCAAAAUCACAGUGCACUGAAAGAUCUCAUGCAGUGUAACAUUACUGGACAUUUCUGAACUGAUCAUAUUAUAUUUUUAUAUUAACAUUAUUUUCAACUCAGAAAAUAUUCAUGACUUGAAAAUAGCUUUUAUAUAUGUAUGGUAAUGCAUUGCCAUACACAGGAAUGUGAUGCUUUAAGCAAAGUGUCUUAUGAGAAAAUAAAUUAUAUAUGCAGUACCAAAGUGCUUUCAAAGAUCAUUCCCAAUGCUGCUACCCUUACUCAUGUGAGUAGAAGGGCCGCAGGAACAGGCCCAAAGGGUAUUAAACAGAAUUAUAUUGAAUUGUUCCCUUAACUGAGAAAAGCUCAACUGAGAAGCCCUGCUAGUGUUUAUCUAAAGUGAAAAUUCAGUAUUUAAGUUUUGGUUUUAAUUAUGUGGGCCCCUAAAUCACAGAAGAGAAGGGCUUCACGCCACUGCCCCUCUUUAGGUUCAGGUGUCCCAUUUGCUGCUCUGAAGGCCUGAAAUCCCUUAAACUGAUGUUGAACUUAGAGUUCCAGAUUUUCCUAGCCAAGUGGAAGAAAAUUAAUAUAUUAAAUUAUAGUUUUCCACUCCAUUAAUUUUCAAGUGGAAGCUCUGUCUGCUUAAUGUUAAGUGUUACUAUAAGUCCAGAAUGAAAUUGUUUUGGUAACUAAAGUCUCAAAUCAGACCUUGAAUCAGUGCUUGAAAUUAAGCAUGUGCUUGUUUUGUCCCCUUCACUUCAAAAUAGGACUUCACUUCUGUGCUUGAAGUUAUACACGUGUUUAGGUACCUUGCAGACUUGGGGCACAAAACUUAAAAAGAUUUGUUCAACAUGCAUUAUGUACAGGAUAUGUUCCUAAGAUCAAGUGGGUGAGGUGAUAUCUUUUAUUGAACCAACUUCUGUUGGUGAGAGGUAAGAUGCUGAGCUUACACAGAGCUCUUCAAGACUGGGAAAGGCACUCAGGCCAGGUCUACUCUACAGACCUAUCUCAAUAGAACUACAUUGCUCUUGUGUGAAAAAUCCACAUUCCUGAGCAACGUAGUUCUAUCAACCUAACCUACUGUGUAGACUGCGCUAUGUCAGCAGGAGAGCUUCUCCCAUUGACAUAGCUACCACCUCUCAAAGAGAUGGAUUAACUACAAAACCCUUCCAUUGGCUUAGGAGUGUCUUCACCAACACCAGCUCCUCAGAAUGUUACAGCUAAAUACAAGGUGGAACAGCUAAGGAGUUAACUCAUCUUGCAAGAGACCCUGAAGGUGAAUUGGGUAGGUAUCACCUCUACAACCAUAGGAUAAAAGAGGUGUUAGUAGGUUCCAGACUUUUGUAAUGAGCCAUGGAUUCAGUGUCUUCCUUAAGUAUAGUAACUCUUCACUUAGUCAUCCCGGUUAACGUUGUUUCAUUGUUACGUUGCUUAUCAAUUAGAGAACAUUCUAGUUUAAAGUUACACAAUGCUCCCCUAAUAACUUUGUUUGGCAGCUGCCUGCUUUAUCCACUGCUUGCAGAAAGAGCAGCCCUUUGGAGCUAGCUGGUGGGGGCUUGGAACCAGGGUGGACCAGCAGCCCUCCCUAUCAGCUCCUCGCUCCUCUAAGUUCCUGUGUGGCAGCUGCCCAGCAGGCUAUUAAUUGCCAGCAGUUCAGCUGUCCCUCCCGCCACUGCCAUGUGCUGCUCCUGUCCUCUGCCUUGGAGAUGCUCCUGGAGCCUCCUGCAGGGUGUGUCCCUCUGGCUCUGUCUGCCAUGCUGUCUCCCCUCCCUCCAUUUGUGCUGCCUUGUAGAGUGUGAGGCUACAUUAACAAAAAUGUGUUAACCCUUGAGGACUCAGCUGAAUACUAGUUCAUCAUUUAGCAGUAAGGCAUUCCCUGGGAAGUAUCCCACCCUCUGACUUCACCACCUCAAUCAAGCUUCACAAUCAUCAUUGCUGUGUACAGUAUUAAAUUGUUUAAAAUUUAUACUGUAUAUGUGUGUGUGUAUAUAUAUAUAUUUUUUUUUCCCACCAGACAAAAGACUAUAUAUGGGUAUAUAUAUAUAUGUAGUCUUUUGUCUGGUGAAAAAAAAUUCCCUGGAUCCUAACCUCCCCCCCAUCCCCCCAUUUAUAUUAAUUCUUAUAGGUAAAUUGGAUUCGCUUAACGUUUCACUUAGUCACAUUUUUCAGGAACAUAACUACAACAUUAAGCGAGGAGUUACUGUACAUCAUUUUUGGUGUCUAGCAGUUAUGAAUUUAAGUUCCCAAGCUUGUCUUUUGAAAGUGUUGUGCAGGUUUCCUUUGAGGAUGAGGACAGAGAAGUCCGUUAUGGAGUGAUUAUUUUGUGAAAAGCGUUCACCCACCCCAAACACAUCACCAAACUCAACCAUUUAAUCCUCACCCAUAACAAUUUUACAUUCAACAACAAAUAAUUUAUCCAAACCAUGGAAACAGCCAUGAGUACUGGGAUGGUUCCCCAAUACAUCAGCCUUUUCAUGACUACCUUAAGGAAGAAUUUCUGGACAAAUGCACUACAAAAUCAAUGAUAUACCUGAGAUAUAUUGAUAAUAUUUUCAUUUGCUGGACAGAUGACCAGAAGAGCUCUGUGUAAGCUCAAAAGCUUGUCUCUUUUACCCACAGAAGUUGAGCCAAUAUAUUAUUUUUUCAUCCACCUUGUUUCUCUAAUAUCCUGGGACCAACAAGGCUACAACAACACCCUAACAAUAUAUGUUACUGUACAGUGUAUAAUAAUGACAUGACAGAAUGUAACUGGGCAUAGCAGGGCCCCCUUUGCUCCUGUCUCUGUUCUGCUUCAAAAACCAUUCAGAGACCUUGUGGUUUAGCAAUCACUGGUGCAGUUUAUUUACAGCGUGCAAUCGCACCACACACAGAUUGGGGUUUUCAGCCUUAAGGACUCAGUUUCUACAGCCAAGCCACUCUUACUCUCCUUCCGCUCUCUGACUUCCCCCUUUCCAUCUGUUCCCAUCGCUUCUUUCCUCUGAGCAGUUUAUGCAGCCCCAGGCUAGCAGUUAUUUCGCCUUUGCCAAUUAGGCAUAGGUUUCUAUAGCCAGCUCCAAUCUACCUCUCAUAAUUGGAGCUGGCGUGACAGAGGAUUAGCUCAGCAGUUCAUGCCCAGCACCCUGUCACAUAGAAAUAGGAUAAAAUCAGUGCAGGUAAGAAACAGUCUUUCUUCUGAAUUACAUCCAAAAAAAAAAGUUAGAAAACAUUUAAACCUGGUUCUCUCAGCCAGAUUUUAACAAUCUUGUCCUUUGUUCACCCAAACCAUGAUUGUCACUACGCACUGUGUAUUUCAUAAGCAAAAGGUAGUGAAAAUUAGAGCAAGGUAGUAACAUUCUACACUUGCUACAAAUUUGAGUCCAAUAUAAUAAAGAUUUUGAACAAAAAUCAUGUUUCAUAUGGUGUAUGUUUAUACAGAAAUUCAUGCCAGUAAGUGGUAAAUUAUAAUGAAUUGGGAGUUUGUUGACUCUCAUACCUCUGGAUAUAAUUACCGGUAAAUAGAAAAUAUUUUCUAAUUGUCUGAAUCAUAUAUGUAAUAAUUUUGUAAGUGAUUGGACUUGAUUAACUUUUUUAUUAAAUACUUCAUAAACUGUU